UUUUGAUCCUGUGAAGGGAAGAGAAAUUAUCAGGAAACCACUGUACCAGAAGAACAAAUAUAGUACAUAACAAUAUAAAAGAAACAAACACAUGCAACAUGUGCAGACUGAGAGCUCACGGACAAAAGGGAAUUCCACACUUGCCCAGAAGGAGGAUGACAGGAUUGUUGGCGGGUAUGAGUGUCGAAAAAAUUCUGUGCCCUACCAAGUGUCUCUCUUCACCGGGUACAACUUUUGUGGCGGGGCUCUUCUGUCUGAUGAGUGGGUGCUCUCUGCUGCGCACUGCAAACCAAAAUCAAAUGUAGAAGUCCGGUUGGGAGAGCACGACAUAUGGGAACCUGAGGGCACGGAACAGCACAUUUUGUCUGCCAAGUUUGUUCCCCACCCGGACUACAACUCCCGCACACAGGACAGUGACAUUAUGCUGAUCAAACUGAGUCGACCUGCCACUCUGAACAGCUAUGUACGCCCUGCUAUGCUUCCUUCCAAGUGUGCCAGUGACGGGACAAUGUGUCAUAUCUCUGGAUGGGGGAGUCUUCGUCCCAGCAAUGAGGGCUCGAGGUACCCGAACAUGUUACAGUGCCUGGAUGCCCCUCUCCUGAGUGAUGACACAUGCUUUAAUGCAUAUCCUUUCCAGAUAACUGAAAACAUGAUCUGUGCUGGCUAUCUGGAGGGAGGGAAGGACUCCUGUCAGGGUGACUCCGGGGGUCCCAUGAUGUGUGAUGGAAAACUCCAGGGAGUUGUCUCUUGGGGGCAUGGCUGCGCUCUGAGAAAGAAGCCAGGGGUGUACACAAAAGUUUGCAAUUACAUCUCCUGGAUCAAGAACACAAUGGCGUCUUGCUGAGCGGCAAAGAUAGACUUGUAAACUGACAAGAUCAAACAUAAAGUCAACUACAUGUCG